ACUGUCUAGACCAUUCGGGCAGACAGACGUUCGUCUGUAAUGCUUGUGAGGGCUGGAAGUCUGCUUCUCAAUGUUUUCCUUAAACAGAUGUUACGAAUCAUGAGAGCAAUCGGAGUCAUCACAUGUAAUUGAGCCGGUUGAUUUCUGUUUUAUCCUCCACUUUCUUGUCCCUCAGGCGAUGAAUGGAGGGUUAGGGUUUCUAAGCGCCUCCCCUAUUCCAUGGUGGAAUCACGCUCAUUAUGCCAUCGACCAAUCGUUUCUCCAAAUUUAACUUCACUUCGAUUUGAGGUGCAAACCCGCAACCACACCAGUCAUCACUGCCUGACCGAAGCAUCUCAAGUUCUACCUUUGCUUUGCCUCUGCGGCCUCGUAUUUCCCACGCAUAAUGGUCGCGACCGCAAGCGACCCAGGUCGGUUUUCGGUCUGCCUUCAUUGCGACCGACGAGGGGCACAAAAACACCAAACAACACGAAUUGGUCAGGCAUCACGAGAGGUUCAAUAGCAACAGACUGAUAGGUCGCCACCCUUGGUAGGGCAACCGACUGAAAGAUUGUUCAAAUCCAUAUCACAACCUUUCGAAGAUGAGAUGGUCAAUUGAGCACUCUGAUUGGCGCAUUAUGGGCACAGAAGUUGUUAAGGUGAGGCAUUAAUUCCGGUACCUUGCAGCUACGGCGCGAUCUCAUGGAGAUAAUUUCCCUUUGGAGAAGAUUCUAUCUUAUACAAGGCUUGAGGACAGCUUCUCUGGCUGCUUAUUUGCCCGGUGAGGAUAGAGGUGAUGGCCGGCCGGGCGGCCCGGAGAGAUCGAUCAAGGCGUUUUUCUGGUGUUUACCUGGGGGGGGGACCACUGAUAUAUGGGUGAUGCCACUCAUAUUUGAUGGCCUUGGCCUUUUCUUUGCGAGUUCUUGUCAAACUUGUGGGUUCGGUGGCAUGUAGUGUGCUGCUCACCGUCCGCUCGAGAUGGCGGUCUCUUAUACACUCCUUUACUUAUUUGCAUCUUUCUUCUCGUUUGUUACUUGCAUUCCUUUGAAGCCUGGUGUUAGCUUUCAAUCACAGUCCUCGCUACCGGUACUCACUUUACCAUAUGGAUCGUAUAGAGCCUCAAGUUAUCGGUCAUCAAGCGAUUUGUACAUCUUCAAGAACAUCAGAUAUGCGGCCCCACCUGUCGGUGAGCUGAGAUGGGCCAAACCAGCGCCCCCAGCACAGAAUAGCACUCAUCAGGAUGGCAGUUAUGGGCCAAAAUGCAUUCAGUCGGCUCCGAAUGGUAUCAAUGUGGUCGGACCAGGCAACAAGGCGCCUGUCGGAGCUGUCAUAAACCAGUUCCUUGGUGGAAUCCCAUUGCCACUCUUCUCAGGUGGAAGCGAAGAUUGUCUAUUCCUCGACGUUUAUGUGCCUGGAAAGGCGCUCAAAAACCCGACCAUCAAGUUACCCGUCGUUGUAUGGAUCUACGGAGGUGGCUUUCUCUUUGGCAGCAAGGACACGAUGACGCCCGACUUACCGUUCUACGAUGGAGGAGGGAUGAUUGGGCAGUCAAAUAACAACAUGAUCUUUGUCGCCAUCAACUACCGCGUCGGUGCCUUCGGAUUCUUGGCAGGGGAAUCCAUGGAAAGAGACGGGCUCCCAAACGCUGGAUUGCACGAUCAAAGGGCUGCUUUGCAGUGGGUAAGGGAUCAUAUUCACUUGGUUGGUGGUGAUCCUACCCAAGUCACUGCAAUGGGCGAAUCGGCGGGUGCGUCGUCGAUACUUCACCACAUUGUCGCGGAAGGGGGUCGCCUUGAUCCUCUCUUCUCAAGGGCAAUUCUGCAAUCUCCAGCCUUCCAGCCGAUAUGGGACCGUGCUGGCAAAGUUGAAGAUACAUUUCAGGAUUUUUCAACACUCGCUGGAUGUCAAGGCAAAGGGCUGGCCUGUCUGCGAGCUGCUGACCCGACGGCGUUGAUCAAGGCAAAUAACGCGCUGAACUUGAAGCAGGCACCGGGUACUUUUGCAAUUGGCCCAACACCGGAUGGCAAGUUUAUUCGCCAGUUGCCAGUGCUGGAGCUCGCCCUGGGAAAGUUUUGGAAGCUCGAUUCCUUGAUCCUGUCCCAUGUUGCGGACGAGGCAAGUUUGUUUGUGGGCGGUUCCAUUCAGACAGAUGCGCAGUUCUCAGGCUUUCUGGGCCAGCUUUUUCCCAACGAUACUCUGACGGCAGGUGUGAACGACAAGAUUGAAGAAGCAUACCCUCCUGUCAAAGGGACGAAGAAGUCAAAGUAUGCCACACAGACAGCUAGGAUGACGGAGUUUACAAGAGAUAGUUGCUUUACGUGCCACAUUAGGCAUCUGACAGAGUCCUUCGGCGAUAGCAAAGUCUGGAACAUGCAAUACAGCGUCUUCCCUGGCCAGCACGCCACCGACCUGAUACCCACCUUCUUCAGCACAGCCUACACAUCCGACACCUUCCUCGACGACCUGGCCAUGUUCUUUGUACCUGUCCUCGGCACCUUGGUGGCAGGCAUCAGCACAGCGAUGCAGAGUUAUUUUGCGUCGUACAUCACCACAGGGAAUCCAAACAUGAACAGAAAGAUACUGAAUCUUCCACCGGCUAUACGUUGGAACCAUCCUGUCAGCGGACGAGGCGAGCAAAUCUCGGGCGUGCUGGAUGUGGGUGGCUGGGGGAUAACGACUGUCAGUGACGAUAAGAAUCAGAAAACGCCUUGUGAUUUUUGGAGAGGAUUUGCGGCGGCUGUGACGGCUUUGGGAGGGUACUCUCCUCCUGGGGAGGUUGUGCCGCAGAACCUUGUGAGGGCGGAGGGCGAUGUGAGCCGGAACUAUGUUGGUGGCAAUGCUGGUGAAUGAAUUCAUAAGGGCAAAGCAAACUACAAACAGGUCCUGGAAAUUCAUGGGCAAAGUCGGUACUGGGAAUCAGGGCUAAUAUGACGGAUCAGACAGUGAUAGGUUUACAGGGCUGACGGUCAUAUCACCCUCCAGAUCAGUGUUCUCGAUGCUAUCUUCCGCCUUGAAAUGAAAUAAUGGCCCCUCAUCGUUCCACCUGGCCAUCCGCCUGAGCUCAACCUGCAGAGGAAGACCGAGCGGACCAGGACGGAUAGAGAUGGAUCGGGGUGGCGCAUGUUUCCAAACCAUCACGGGAUAUUUUGUCGAAUGCCCUGCACAUCCUGAUUGACUGGGCCUGAUUGCGGAUGUGAAGAAAGGCUUCUUUCCCAGUCCAUUUCUCGGUCUGGUAGGCAUUUUGACUUGAGGUUGUUACCAGGAGUCCAAUCAGUUCAAGCCACACUAGACAG